AUGCAACCACAAGAUGUACAGAAAGAUGGCGGCCACGCAGGUUACCACCAGGCCCUGCACAUGGCCCUCCUGAGGGGAGACGAGAAACUGGCGCUGGAGAUUCUGGACCAACACGUGGACUGUGCCAACAUGGUCUGCUGUGAUAAAAACCACGACGGAGAAUCUCCGCUGCAUCUGGCCAUUUUUAACGGGAACUUUAAGCUGGUACGGGAGCUGGUGAGCCGCGGGGCGGACCCGAACGCGCGCUGCACCGGGAAAAACUUCUCCCAGGCCCAGGGCAGGGAGGGCGACGUCCUGUUUUACUACGGGGAGUUUGCUCUUUCUCUCGCGGCCCGUCUUGGAAUGGAGCAUAUUGUCCGGUAUCUGGUGCAAAAUGGCGCUGAACUGGACAAUCAGGAUUCAAAAGGAAACACAGUUCUGCACGUGCUGGCCAUCAUGGAGCACGCUGACGCCGCCUGUUCCAUGACCAGGCUGGUGCUGAAGCUGGUGGAGGAACAGCUGGAAACACUCAAGGAACAGUACGACAACCAACAACUCACCCAGGAAGAGCUUAUCCAGAUCAGGGAGAGUCUGGAUCUGGAGAAGAUCACCAACAACGCGGGACUUACUCCGGUCAAGCUGGCAGCAGAUAGCGGCAAUCUAGAGAUGUUCCAGGUGCUCCUAGACCCCAACCGUAAGCACCACGUGCUGUGGAAGUACGGCCCUGUGUCCGAGUGUCUGUACGACCUGACUGAUAUAGACAGUCUACACAACAGGACGUGUAACGGUCUACUGGAGAUCGUGGUCUACAGCAACGUGCGCAGGUUUUACACUAACAUCAAGGCUGCACGAAUGGUCCAAACCACGCCUAUAAAACAGCUGCUCAACAAGAAGUGGACGAGUUUCGUCCGGGGCUGGUUCUUGGCCUUCGCUCUGGCUUACCUUGUUCACAUCGUCGUGUUUACCAUCUGCUGCUGGUACAGACCACUGCGGACUGUGGUAAAAGUCGUGAGUGAUGGCAGCAACAAUGUCACGGUCACGGUGGUGGAAAAAGCACCCGUGUUUGAGUCGUACAGCACACCGUGGCACUAUGCACGCCUUGCCGGGGAGAUGUUCACAUUACUGGUGGUCCUGGUCAUCCUGUGGGUCGAGAUUUCUGGUGCUGAUUUUGGUGGUGUUUCGGCUGACUGACCACCCCCGCGAAGAUGUGGUUAUGUCCCUGGCCCUGGUGUUCGGCUGGAUGUUACUGCUAUACUUCUCACGGGGCAGUGAAGCUCUGGGGCCCUUCACUGUCAUUAUCCAACAGCAUUCUACAUCACGUUUGAGCAGGCUGAAGAGUACCUGGAACAGUUCCGUGACUUUGAACACACCAUGCUGACUCUGUUCAAACUCACGCUUGGGGUGGAGGACGUCACGGUUCUAGACAAGGCCCCCAACCCCGCCAUGGCGGUCUCCCUGUUCGUCAGCUUCCUCAUCUUCUCCUUUCUGCUGAUGACUAACCUUCUCAUCGGGAUGAUGGGGGAGACGCUGUCCAGGGUCUCGGAGGAGAAACGGGAUCUCUGGAAGCUGCAGCGUGCUUGCCUGAUCCUCCUGUUCGAGAGGCGCCUGCCGAGUUGCCUGAGGCGGCCGGCGGGGGAGUACGUGGACGUGCCCGGGUUUGACCCUAACACGCGAUACCUCAGGGUGAAGAUUCUGGGUGAGCUGGAGGCGCGCAGUGAGGUGAAGUUUAAGCGGGCCCCGGCGAGACAGCGGCCGUCGUUCGCACGGCAUGCAGCCGGCUCCACCCGGUCUGACAAGAUGCGCGCCAUGGUGGACCACUGGCGCAAACAGACCACCAGUCUCUAAACCUAUGAGCUGUAAUGCAUUCUAUGAUGUAAAUCAUUAACGCAUUAUGUAACAAGUUUGAACUGUAGCAUGAAAGUUCAUCUGUGUUGGUAUAUAACAUUAUGAUAACAGUUAAACCUUACGUGACCAACACAAAGUAAAUUGGGACGGGGGGCGUCAUAGGUUAUCUGCCACGUAUGACCCUCUGCUGCAACCACGUGUUUCCGACGUCACGUCCCGGAAGCUGCAGUAGAUGGGUCCAUUCCGCGAACAAGACUGACGGAGUCAGUAGAAAAAUUUGUGUUGGUCACGUAAAGUUUAACUGUUAUCAUAAGUUUGAACUGUAAUUGCCACCACAAGAAAUUGGACCCAAA